CUGGACAGCAAACCAAAAUUCACAGCCUUAUCAUAUGCCUGGGGAAAUCCUCCUGAGGGCUGCACAGUUUCCGUAAAUCGUUAUGAAGUCAAGAUACGCAAGAAUCUAUGGCGGUUUCUUCGCCAGGCACGAGGAUCACCGCAAGCAUUGUUUGAAUACAUCUGGAUCGAUGCGCUUUGUGUUGAUCAAUCUAACGCCGCGGAGCGAAGACAUCAGGUCGCGUUAAUGGGUGAAAUCUUCGCUGCCGCCGAGCGGGUCAUUGCUUGGAUCGGUCCUGCACACGGCGGCAGUGAUUCAGCCCUUGAAAGCAUUCGCCUUGCUUCACCUCAAUGGACAGCCCGGAAGUCAGCCGCGAGAAAAUGGAGUUCUCCUGAAGCAUCCGCAAUUCGUGCCAUCUGCGUGAGAAGAUACUGGAAGCGACUGUGGAUCUUUCAAGAAUUGCUCCUAGCU